AUGCUCAAGCGGGCACCACGGCUACCUCCACGCAUGGCACCCCUGCAGUAUACCAACGCAUCCCUACCUACAGAGGCCAUGGCCCGGGCCUCAACCGAUUCUAGCCUUGCCUGCUCUGCGCAACACUUCUGUGGCCAGGCGCUUACAUUUAGACAGAGCUUGGUCGAUGACAUGCAGCGGCGGGAAGAGGAGCUGAAGGUGAAGUCGAAGAGCCUGGAAAAAGAUAUGAACGAAUUGCAGCGCCGGCUUGAGGCUGUCUCUCGUGCAGAGAAGCGUCUUGCAAAGGUGCAGAGGCAGCUUAGUGAAGCAGAGACAGCUCUUCAAGCUAAAAAUAGCGAACUGAUGCAGCUUACAGCUAGUCAUGCAGCCAUGAAACAGCGUGUUGUCGAGUUAGAGCGGCGACUUGAAUCGCGGGCUAUGAAUAUUGUUACAGCAGAAGGACACAUUACCCUAGAGCGGCAGCGGCUUGCAGAGCUAAAGAAGAAGGCAAACGAUAUGGUGGACGAGGCUGUGACAGCCAAGGAGGAGGCAGCAAAGCUCUGCAAACGGUACCUUAGCGACAAAGCACAGCUCGAUGAGAAAAAUGCUAAUUAUCAGUUUCUGCAGCUAGAAAACAAAGAGCUGAAGAGGAAAUUGGAAGAACUAGACAGGCUAAAUAAGGUGAGAGAUGACGAGGUCUCUCGUUUCCGUGCUCAACAAGAAUCAGAAGCCUUCCACCUCAAGCAGGAUAAAGCGCACAUUCAACGAAUGGACGAACUUUGCACUGCUCGGGAAACCGCGAUAGCACUUCGAGAACGAGAAUUAGAGCGUAUGCUUAAAGAAAUCGAAGGACUGCAUCAUAUGUCAGAUGAUAAGACUGCAAAAAUGGAGCUAGAACAUCAAAAGGCUAAGUUAGAAUAUAAGUCUGCAAUAGAUUCCUUGACACAUCGCAUUAAAUCCAAAGACAUAGAGCUAUCCAAGCUACAGAUGGAAAACACGCAUCUUAAAGAGGUCACAGCCAAUUCUCUCUCUAUUGAAAAUGCUACUGAGCUUAAGAGUGCCAACAAAGCUCUUUCAGCACACGUAGAAGAGCUCACUAGUCAUCUGCUCUCGGUCAACGCCGCACUGGAUAAGCUACAAAUGGAAAACAUAAAGCUUCUAGAAGAAAAUAAACGAAAUGGAACAAUGUUAGAGCAACUACAAAGGUUUACGAAGACAAUACAACAACCAAUGCCCCCAAGUGAUGCUGUAACUGAAAGUUCACUAUCUCACCGUCCAAUGUCUCCCGCCGCUAGGCUUGCAGCAGAUCGCAUCACUCAUUAUAAUUCCAUACUCUCCAGAUCCCAACCAAUAGAUGGUCUUAAAAGCGCAAUUAACCGACGAAAAGAAGACGCUAAUGAGCGCCUGUUAGAAGUGCAAGAUCUUCAGCAAACAGGGGGAGACACCAGCAGAUUGUCCGCCAAGUCCCACAGUGUCGCUGGUGAUGUAGGCUCGCACCCAAAUGGUGUUGAAGCAACAGCAUAUCGUACUCUGGAGGGGAUUCACACCAUUAGACUGAAAUACGAAAGAGGGCUGAUGCAGUCCGAGGACUUUUUGUCGGCUCUACACCGGGAUGCAUCCAAGACUAUAGACUAUAUAUUUCGCAAGUCGCAGGAGCUUCAAGCAAAAGAGGAGCUCAUCCAGCAGAUUUGUGGGCAAAUCAAAGCAGAUGCAGAAAGCCUUGUAGUUGAACGUAGUAACUUAGAGCAACAAAGGAAUGAAAUUGAGAAGAUAAUAGCCGAAGAGGUGAAAAUGCAACUACAAACCAAGCUAGCUAUCUAUGAAAAAGAGAGAAGCGCAGAACUGUUAUCGCCUGAGUUCAAGAAGUCUUUCAUCGAAAUUCUUCGAUUACAUAAGCAGAUGCCUGAAGCCGAUGCAGUCUACAUAUUAGAACGUAUCAUCUCGCGAGCAGCAUCUGUCAACCGAUCGGAAUCUAUACAGCGCAUUGUGGACAACCAGUCAACUAGCACAGUUAAGAAUCACGGGACUGUGACUUCCCCAGCAGAGGCACUGCCGGUGUCAUCUAAGUCUUUCAGGUGUGAGUUCUGCGGCAGAUCAAACGCUAUCAUUUCAAGCGUUACUGUCCGUGAUGCCAGUGACAAGGGUGUCCAGACCGAUACAAGACUCUCAGAAUUGAAAGAAUUUUAUGCUAUUGCAGACCAGUUGCAAUCCUCGGUGAAUAAGUUGCCAGUGGCCGCAUCCACUCUGCAAUCUACACAUUCUGCCCGACUCUCCCCAAGUGCAGCUCGUCCCAAUAUUUCCAUUCAUGCGGCUGCUUCAGCCUUAAAUGGAACUCCCAGCCAAGUAGAUAUACUUCCAGUAUCUCUUUCACGAAGUGGUCUUACCAACUUCUCAGAAAGCAAGCCUAGGUACAGCCGCUUCAGCAUGCUAGAUACCCUGAACCAGACUCAUGCCCCCACUAUGCUGUCUCGCACAGCUGCAGAUCUUUCGAAGGAUGACUCGCUGUCGUCACGAGGGACACCGUCUCGAAGUCAUUCUCUUGGGCGAACAGCUUCCAAUCCAGAUACGAGAAGCGUUAGAUUCAGUGGUGUGUUGGAGCAUGUAUUAUCGCCCCAUGAUGGAGCGGGCAGCAAAGCAACUGCUCAGUCUAUUCUUCUAACCGGGGAUUCUGUCCAGGCGCUGGAUACUUACCUUCGACGAGGGUACAAUACCACCGGAAGUGUUCGCCCUGUCAAUCUAAUAUCAAGCUCUGAAACCAUGACUAGCCUGGCAGACCCAUCACCCUCGACCGACAAGACAUCGAUUACGGCUAAUACUUCAUCUAUAUCCACUACAAGUAUAGGCUCCCACGACAGGCCGUACUAUCGAGAAGCAAAGCAGAACGCAGCAGAAAUAAACCGUUUACUCAUGAAGACUGAGAAUCUUACCAGGAAGCCGUUACCCAUUCAAUACAGUGAUGCAACUCACACAUCCAUCUCUGCUAUAACUAAGCCAGAAAGCGCUAGUGCUCUGCUGCAAAUCCCUGUCAGCUCAACAUCUAAUAUGAACGCUGUGAAUCUUCCAGACUCUCAGCUCCUUCAGCGAGUGGAGGACAUAUUAAAUCGCUCUGGAGCAGAGAGCCUUACUCUGGAUCCCCCAUCGUUGUCUCAAAGCGGAGGCUAUCUCGAGGGAUACAUGGGUAUGCGUGGAUCGGAGGUGCCCCAACCAUUUCCACCGCCUAGUACAUCCAAGUUCUCUACCAUAUAUGGCUUGGAAUCUCCUGCUGGGCGGCAAGCAACAGCCUUGUCAGAUAACAUGGGCGGCUCAGAUAGCUGCAUCUAUGUUUAG